AUGAUAGUAGUUAUUUGGUUAUGGAUGAUUCAUUUACUUAGUAUCAACUGUGGUAAAGAUGCAAAUUACCAGAAACUCAAGACUGAAUACGAUAAGUUACAAACUACUAAUACAAUGAGCCCUUCAAAGAAAUACCGUGAUAACACGAUAAUAUUUCCUGAUGUUAAAUGGGAUGAUGAUAUUGAUAAAAUUGAGUUGGUAGAGAUAAAAAGCACUGGUAAUGAUAUAAGCACGACUGAUUUGUUAGGAUUAAACGAUGCACUGAGAAACACGAUAAGAGGAAAAAUUACCGAGUUUCUGACACCUGACACGAAUCCAAAUAACUUAAACAAGGAUGACAUCGUGCACUUCUUUGCUACUGACAGUACAACUGCAAUGAAAUUCGAAGCAGCAAUAACGCAACUAGAGGCAUUGAUAGAAAAACAAGGAAACGCAAAAACACGAUUGAUGCAUGAAGAAAUAGAGAAGGCAAUGACCAAAAUGGGAAACGAUUGCAAGUUAUCAGCAAAAGAAAAACGUGAAAGCCUGGACAAACAUUUCAUGCAAUUACCGUAUUAUUUGUCAAUUAAUAUUGAUAUCAUUAGUAAUUUCACUACUUAUAUGUAUGUGGUAUUCACAGCUGGGAACAAAACGAUGAAGUCGGAGAUAAUAACACUAACAAGAGACAAUAAUAAAAUACAAACAAUACAUAACCUGGAAGAGUAUGAAGUGAAAAUAACGAAAAAGGCAACUACAAAAGUAAAACCACAGAAAAAGAAAGAAGCAUCAAAGAAGAAAGAAACAACAAAGAAGAAAGGAGCAUCAAAAAAGGGCAAAAUGGUACUGACUAUCAUAUGGGCUGUUGCUGGUAUAAUGCUAUUAUCAAUAGGAAUAACAAUAUUGAUGAGGAAAAGGAAAACCAGAGAAGAAGUAGUGGACCUUGAAUAA